CCGCCUGUUCUCGAACAGUUGCUUGCCGGGCGUGGCAGCGGUCAGACGUGGCGGACGAGACUACUGUGUGUUUCAGCUCCUCAGCUGUGCAGGCGUGCGUGUCAAUAUAGCAGAGUCGUCGGCAAUGGAUACUGUUACCAAUGUGGAGGAGACCGCGACUGUGGACCUGGCCGCCAUGCUGGAAGCUGGAGGCGGCGGAGGCCUCGUGGAGCUGGUGUCGGGCCAGACGAGGCUGGUGGUGCACAGGGCGGUCCUGGCGGCCAGGAGCCCUGUGUUUGCCGCCAUGUUUCGGCACGACACCUUGGAGGCCAGGAGCAGCGAGGUGACCAUCACGGACACGGGGGGCCCCGAGCUGAGCCUGCUGGUGGCCUACCUCUAUACCCUCCGGGCGCCCCAGCUGCCCGGCUUGGCCCCCCAGCUGCCCGGCUUGGCCCCCCAGCUGCCCAGCUUGGCCUCCCAGCUGCUGGCAGCCGCAGACAAAUACGGCGUUUUGGGGCUGAAAGCGGCGUGCGAGCAGCAGCUGAUCGCGCAGCUGGAUGUGGAGAAUGCGGCGGCCGCCGCUGUGGUGGCCGCGAGGCACUCCUGCACCAGCCUCGCCCUGGCUACCAUCGCCUUCAUAAAAGCACACCCCCAGGUGUUCUCCACGCAGGGCUGGGCCGAUGCAGAGCUCGAGCAGCCGCAAGACGUUGCUGAAGUGAGACGGCUGCUCAGGGAGCCACCGACCGAAACCAGGAGCCUUUCUCAAGAGGAGAAGGACACGAGGCUGAUCCAGGCGGCUAAGCGAGGUGCAGUAGAGGAGCUGUGGGCGUUGUUGGCGGCUGGAGCGAAUGUGGCGGCCAAGGACGAGGAGAGGAACACCGCCUUGCACUGGGCGGCAGAAAAGGGGCACCUGGAGGCAGCGAGGUGCCUCCUGAAGACUGGGGCGCCUCUGGACGCGAGGUGCAGCAACAAUGAGGACAUGCCUCUGCACUGGGCCGCGGGGAAUGGCCACGCAGCCGUGGUGCGGCUGCUGGUGGCCGCAUCGGCUGACCCCAACGGUAGGAGCUCAACAGGGUGGUCGCCGCUGCACUGCGCCGCAUGGAGGAACCACGUGGAGGCCGUCACUGUGCUACUGGAGGCCGGGGCCGACAGGGGGGCGUUAACUAUCGGGGGACUGACGCCGCUAGACAUCGCCGAGCAGCACGGCCACCAGCAGGCGAUAGACGUGCUGACGCGCAGCCCAACAAACGUCUCUCGAGUAAAAUGAAGGGGACUUCACUGUAUCACUGCUGCACGUUUUGAAAAUAAAUAAAACACAAAAAUAAUUUUGACAUCA